AUGCCCUUACAAAACUUGGUGCGACCGCACACCGGUUUCGCCCUAGCGACCCCUGACGACGAUCUCGUCGUGUUCGCCAGCGGCCCCAAUGCCCCUGUUGAGUUACAAAGCUCCGUCAUCGUCGUGGAUGAGCGCGACCAUGAAGGCGUACACAUCGCGGCCAGAAACCUAGCUGAAGAUUUCGCCCGGGUUACGAAGGUGUCACCGAGGCCAAUCAUCAGGAGCAACGACGCCCGCUUUGAUGUCCCUGGGUCUGUUGCCAUUGUCGUUGGGAGCGUCGAUUCCAGUCCUCUUGUGCAGCGAUUGGAAAGCAGCGGAAAGGUCGAUUUCUCUGGAAUCCGUGGCAAGUGGGAGUCAUUCCAAACGAGCCUCGUCCACGAACCUUUCGACGGCUGCAAUUGGGCCCUUGUCAUUGCUGGUAGUGACAAAAGGGGAGCAAUAUAUGGGACCUACACACUAUCAGAGCAGAUGGGAGUCUCGCCCGGUCCGCCUAGCAUCAAGUACCGCGGCAUCUUCAUCAAUGAUGAAGCCCCAGCGCUUACUGGCUGGGUGCGAGAGAAUUUCGGCGGAUACAACGUCCAGUUCUAUGAAAAGGUCUUUGAGCUUCUACUCCGGCUGAAGGCGAACUUCCUGUGGCCUGCCAUGUGGCCGGGCUACCCGAAUCCGGGAGCAAGUUUCUUCACGGAUGACAAGGACAACCAGAGAGCUGCCGACAGGCACGGGAUCGUGAUGUCGACUUCCCACCACGAGCCGAUGCAGCGAUUGAGCAACGAGUGGCUGGCGGACGGCAAUCCCUUGGGGACGUGGGACUGGAUCAGCAAUAAAGACAAGAUCACUGAAUUUUUCAAGAAAGGCGUGGAGAGGGCAAAGGGCUAUGAGAGUUACUUCACAAUGGGCAUGAGGGGCGAGUACGACACGACGAUGAAAGGUGAUGACCCAGCGGCUGUUGUCAAGGAUGUCCUGCGUACGCAGAGGUCACUUAUACGGGAUUUUCACGGAAGCGAAGAUGCAGUGCCGCAACUGCUGGCGUUGUAUAAGGAGGUGCAGAUGCAGUACGAGAGUGGGAGGCUCGACGUGCCCGACGACGUGACGCUGCUGUUCGCUGAUGACAACUUUGGGACCAUCCGCCGACUCCCGCAUGGACACGAGUCCACGAGGAAAGGAGGCGCGGGGCUCUAUUACCACCUCGAGUACGUCGGGACGCCAAGGAGCUACAAGUGGAUCAACAGCAACUCGUUGGGCAAGACGUGGCACCAGCUGCAGGAGGCCCAUAGUCGAGGGGCGAGGCAGAUCUGGGUGUUCAACGUGGGAGAUAUCAAGCCGCUCGAGGUGCCCUUGACAUUUGCCAUGUCUCUGGCCUGGGACAUCAACUCAGUCAAGCCAGACGGCAUCCCCCAAUUCUUCUCAGGCCUCGCUGCGCGACAGUUCGGCCUCGACCUCAGCCAGGUUAUCGCCAAAGCCUGGCGCGGGUACGAUACGCUCGUCACUCUGCGCCGCCACGAGCAUAUCGAACCAACCACGUUCUCCCUUCUUCACUGCAACGAGGCUGAAACGAUCUGCGGGCAGUGGGAAUCACUCUUGGAGCUCGCGCAGUCCAUCUACGACCGUGCCACCGACGAACAAAAGCCUGCCGUCUUCCAGCUGGUGCUGCACCCCAUCAAGGCCAGUGCCAUCUUUGUCCGUCUGCAGGUCAACCUGGCGCGAAACCAGAUGUACGCACGUCAGAGGCGGAACUCUGCGAAUCUCGUGGCGAAGCGGGUCCUCGAACUCUUCGACUCUGACUUUGAUCUUUCGGAGGAGUACCAUACCCUGCUUGGGGGCAAGUGGAACAACAUCCUCUCGCAGCCACAUUAUGGCUUCUGGGAUACCUGGCACGCCCCGAGUCGGGACAUGAUCAGUGGGCUCUGUUAUGUCCAGAGAAGGCAGAAGUCAAACCCCAUUGUCGGCAAUUUGGGCGUAAUGGUUGAGGGCCAUGAGGGAGUAAGGCCGGGCUUGACCAACGAGAACAGUGACUUCACCCACCCAAGCCGUGGUGACUUGGUGCCUGGUAUUACGUUAGGCCUGAUGUCCCGGUACGGCCCCGAGACAAGAUGGUUCGAGCUAUUCACCCGUGGGCCUGUGACGGUUCACUGGACGCUGAAGGCGCUUUAUCCUUGGGUGACAUUCUCGAAAGACUCUGGAACCUUGGUGCCCGGAGACGACGACCAACGGAUCGAAAUUCAGAUCCAAGUGAACCAAGUGCCGGGUGACUUUGAUCAAGUGGUACUUAUCGACCUGUCUUCUGAGGAAGACGACUUCGAACAGAUACAUCUUCCUGUCACGGGCCGUCUGCUCCCCCCAGACUUUGUGGGCGGUCAUGUGGAAACGGAUGGACACAUAUCCAUUCCAGCACCGGCAGGACGGAACCUAGAAACCUCAUAUAACUUCCUCGCCGACACGGGCCGAUCACCACGUGGGUCGAUUACGCUCCGCCCAGACAGCGGACAAGCGACGCCCAGCUUUGUGGACUACAAAUUCUUUGUCUUUUCUGACACGCAAACAACCAGCCCGCCAGCUCUCAUCCUGUCCUUCAACAUGACCCUCGACUUCGACCCUUCUGAUCCGAUGGUAUACGAGUACUGCAUCGACUACGGAGCCAUCUGUCGGGAACGCCUUCUCGAGCCUGAACCGGCCAGAGACCCGGAGCUGCCUUCUCCAGAGGGGUGGCUCACGGCGGUGCAGGACUGCGCGUGGAAGAAGCGGCAUGAGCUGAAAGCAGAUGCAGUCGCGAGAGGCGAGCACGUACUCCGUGUCCGGCUGCUGCAUACGAAUCUGAUAUUGGAGAACGUCGCCAUCGACCUGGGUGGCCUCAAGGAUAGCUAUAUGGGGCCACAGCCAAGUUUCUACGUGGGGAGCUGA